AUGGCUUCAAUGCAUACGGAAAAAGGCAGUGACUCUUCCAAUGAUGAUGAUGGAGGUGGUGAUGAAGCAGAUUUUGAUUUAAAUGAAUCUGAAGAAACUGAUGAAAAUGAAGAAGAGAAUGUUAUGGGUGAUGAGGAAGGGGAGGGUAGUGAAGGUGAAGAGAAGGAUGGUCAAGCCGAUGAAGAUUCUGACUCAAAAGAAAAAAAUGAUAAUGGCAGUGAUGAUGAAUCCACUGAUAGUGAGGAGAAGAAUUUCGUUGAUUUCAAUGACGGCCCUACUCAAAUAGAUGUUGAGGCUACUGUUCAGUCCGGUGUAAAAGCAGUUGAGAUUAUGGUAAUGUUGCUUUUGUGUUGUUUUUUGGUUGUGUAA